AUGAGCUGGCAAGAUUAUGUUGACAAACAGUUAAUUGCAUCCAGAUGUGUUUCAAAGGCAGCAAUUGCCGGUCACGAUGGAAAUGUCUGGGCCAAGUCCGAAGGAUUUGAUAUAUCAAAAGAUGAAGUUGCAAAAAUCGCCGCUGGUUAUGAAAACGAAUCACUCCUCACAAGUGGUGGUGUAACGAUAGCAGGCACCCGGUACAUCUACCUCAGUGGCACAGACCGCAUCAUACGCGCAAAGCUUGGCAAAGUUGGUGUGCACUGCAUGAAGACACAGCAAGCAAUUGUUAUAUCUCUGAGAUUAUUUACUUACCUGUGGAUAUUAAAGAUCGAACGCGCCGUGGACUAA